UAUUUUGUACAUAAAUAACCCAAAAACCACCAACCGAAAAACCCACUAAUUUUGUUUUGGUCACAAAACAAAACAUUUCUAUUUUCCGAUCACCAUGUUUUCAAAAUCAACACCGGCAAACAAUGUAUCAACCAAGAUCACAACUUUUUCACAGACCCAUUUCAGAUCCACCAAUUUUGUCUCAAAUUACAAAAAGCCCACAAAAUUUUCACCAUCAAAAAAGGCUUUUCAUGUAAAGGCAGUAAAAACCGGCAGUAAAAUUGAACCGGAAAACAAAAGGAGUUUAGUGAACCGGGGGCUCCGGUUGGGAAGCUUAACAGAAGAUGGGUUAUCUUAUAAAGAGAAAUUUGUAAUUAGAUGUUAUGAAGUUGGAAUUAAUAAAACUGCCACUAUUGAAACUAUUGCUAAUUUAAUGCAGGAGGUUGGAGGUAAUCAUGCUCAGGGUGUUGGAUUUUCAACGGAUGGAUUUGCCACUACAACCACUAUGAGGAAAUUGCACCUUAUAUGGGUUACUGCACGAAUGCAUAUAGAAAUAUACAGAUACCCUGCUUGGAGUGAUGUGAUUGAAAUUGAGACUUGGAUUCAAGAUGAUGGGAGGAUCGGGACUAGACGUGAUUGGCUUCUUAAAGACUGUGCCAAUGGCGAGGUCAUUGGAAGGGCUACAAGCAAAUGGGUGAUGAUGAACGAGGAUACUAGAAGAUUACAGAAAGUCGGUGAUGAUGUCAGAGAGGAAUAUUUAGUUUUUGCCCCCAGGACGUUGAGAUUAGCAUUUCCUGAAAAGAACAAUAACAGUCUGAAGAAAAUAGCAAAACUUGAAGAUCCGGCUGAAUAUUCCAGGCUAGGACUUGUGCCAAGGAGAUCCGAUUUGGAUAUGAAUAAGCAUGUGAACAAUGUUACCUACAUUGGAUGGGCUCUGGAGAGCAUCCCACCAGCAAUCAUUGACAGCCAUGAACUGCAAGCUAUCACCCUAGACUAUAGACGUGAAUGUCAGCGGGAUGACAUAGUUGAUUCGCUCACUACUCGUGAACCACUUGACGAUUCAGAGCUUACAGUAACCAAUGGAUCUGCUACCUCCAAAAAGGAUGGAGAAGAUCUGAGUCGAUUUUUGCAUCUCCUAAGAUCAUCCAACAAUGGUCUAGAAAUUAACAGGUGUCGCACUGAAUGGAGAAAGAAGACGGCAAAAAGAUAAGCACAUGACCUCGGGUGUCCUCUUGUACACUUUUACCGUCUUACUCUUUUACAAUUAUGUUAAAAGUUUAGUGUUGUCUAUGAAAUUAGAUGUGGUCCUUGGGAUUUCUUUGAAGUUCAAACAAAGAAUAAUGUGUUCUAUCUUGCUCUUAUGCUUGUAGAAUGAUAUAUAUCAGUAAUAUAUUUGAGGAAAAUAAUGCUUUGGUAUCA